AUGGUCUCCACAAGCUUCAUCACCCUCCUUCUGCCUGCCCUUGCGCUUGCCGCCCCUUGGGGUAGGAACCACACCGGACCUGCUUCUACCGGCGCCUACUCUGCCGGAGUGGCUCAUCCCACCGGCGCUAGCUUCAUCCCCAGGUCCACUGGUGGUAAGGUGACUCUCAAGAACAACUGCGACUACGAUGUCACCUACGACAACCUGUGCCCCUGCGGCACAUCCGACAACAGCGGCACCAUCUCCGCCGGCUCCACCUGGACCGACUCCAUCGCCGACUGCGGCUCCGGCAACACCGCCCUGAAGGUCUACAAGGACGGCAGCUCCAAGCCCAUGCAAUUCGAAUACGGCCUCGUCUCCGGCAACGUCUGGUACGACAUGUCCUUCAUCGACUGCCUCUCCGGCUCCGACGACUUCAGCCAGUGCGCCGGCGCUGGCUGGUCCAUGGGCGCCAUCGGCAGCUGCCCUACGUACUCCUGCACCGGUGGAUCCCACUGCUGCACCCAGGGCUACUGCGACCCGACUGCCACAGCUGCCACCGAGCAGCCCAACGCUGGCUGCGGAACUUUCCAGGGCUACUCCGUCAGCGACGUUGGCGUCAGCAUCGAGCUUUGCAGCGCUUAG